AUGCCGAACCCGCCGUCGAUCAACGUCACCGACCUCUCCUAUACCUUUCCCGACUCCUCGACGGGCGUGUCCAACAUUUCGCUGUCGCUGCCGCCGCGCUCGCGCACGCUCCUCAUCGGCGCCAACGGCGCCGGCAAGACGACUCUUCUGCGGCUCCUCGCCGGCAAGCGUCUCUGCCCGCUCGGCACCAUCUCGAUUGGCGGCGUCGACCCGUUCCACGAGGGGCUCGAGGGCGUCACGUACCUCGGGCUCGAGUGGGUGCUCAACCCGAUUGUGCGGACCGACAUGGGCGUGCACGAGCUGCUGCGCAGCGUCGGCGGCGACGCCUACCCGGCGCGCCGCGACGAGCUCGUCGCCAUGCUCGACAUUGACACCAACUGGCGCAUGCACGCCGUCUCCGACGGCGAGCGCCGCCGCGUCCAGCUCGCCAUGGGCCUGGUCCGCCCCUGGACCGUGCUCUUCCUCGACGAAAUCACCGUCGACCUCGACGUCCUCAGCCGCGCCGAGUUCCUCGCCUGGCUCAAGAACGAGACGCUCACGCGCGAGUGCACCGUCGUCUACGCCACCCACAUCCUCGACAACCUCGCCGGCUGGCCCACACACCUCGUCCACAUGCACAUGGGCUCCGUCAAGGAGUGGGACACGGCCGACGCCAUGCUCGCCACUAUUGACGGCACCGUCGCCGCCACCGGCAACUCCCGCCUCGGCGAGCUCGUCAUGACCUGGCUCCGCGACGACCUCAAGGCCCGCGGACCCCGCAGCGGCAUCAACCGCGCCCCGGAGGGCAAGACGUAUGGCUUUGGCGGCAUAGGCGUGGGCGGAUACGGCGAUGAGUCCAAACCCAGAGCUGCCUAA